ACGCGCUCUCGCCUCGGGUGUGGGGUGCGCGCUACUCAGCUCCAUUGUCCCGUAAAAAAAAGAUCUGAUCCUUUUUUUUCUUUUCUUUUUUUUUCCUUCCCUUUUUAUCGCUGGAGCUGCUGUGCUGAGUGUCUCCCCCGGACAUGUCGUUUGUUUUGCCUUCGCGCUCAGUCUAAAGUUGGGACUUGAGACUUUGAGCAGCACUUUUCUCGCGGACAGCGCUCGCAAUGAUUCCCGGAGAUCGACGCAGCGCCGAAAUGCGUGUGGAUUCCUGUUGGAUACAAUUCAGAAACUAAGUGUCUUUUUUUUGUUGUUUUGUUUUUCUCCACAAAUAGCGACAAUUACUGAAGAAAUCAUCCCCACACACAGUGCAAGACCAAAACACCCCCCCACGAUUUUUCAUUGGAUGUGGGUCAUUUGAUAUAUAUAUAUACAUUCCUCGUGGGCAGGAGAGAGGGGAAUUCGCUGUGAAGCCUGUGGACCUGAGAAGGCCUGAGGGCUCUGACAUACACCAAAUCCCUGCCCAGGGGAAUGGAGCAGAUUAAAAACUUCUGAUUGAGGUGGAGAGGAAAGAGACACAAAGAGGGGAAGGGAAAAGACAGCGGGGGAAAAAAAGCUUAUCUUUCACCUUUGUUCUUCCUAAUGCCCCAAGUGAAGGAUCUCCAUUGGCAAGUCUGUGAAUAACAGAAGACACAAGACAGCUGCCAACCACAGUGGUCAGAUGAUGGAGUGAGGGAGUGAAAGAAAAAAAAAAGGAUUAUAUCCGGUGAAAGAGCCAGGCUUAUAUUAUUCUGCUAAUUGAAUGCCUAGGAGAGAGGAGAGACAUGAGAGGAAUCCUUUUCUGUGCCAACUGUUUCAAGAGGUGUUGCAAUUAACCCUCUGGCCGUCAUAAAACCAUACCGAACUCUGUUGUUUUCUGAUUGCUGGUGUGGAUGUGUGCUUGGACCGUGGUCAUGCUUCAGCCUCCGGCGUGCAGACCGGAUCGGACUGGUUAUCAAAGAAACAGCCAGCUUCUGCCUGUGCUGCUGCUGCUUCUUUACAGCUCUCUCAAGGCCACUCAGGCUGCCAAACCCAAAGGGCCGGGGCAAACACAUUUGAACUCCAUCCGCAUCGAUGGAGAUAUCUCCUUAGGUGGGCUGUUCCCGGUCCACGCCAGGGGCCACGACGGCAAGCCCUGUGGGGAGCUGAAGAAGGAGAAGGGAAUACAUAGACUGGAGGCCAUGCUCUUUGCCCUAGAUCGCAUCAAUAAUGACAAUAAUCUACUGCCUAACAUCACGCUGGGAGCACGAAUCCUGGACACCUGUUCCAGGGACACGCACGCCUUGGAGCAGUCGCUCACCUUCGUGCAAGCUCUGAUUGAGAAGGACGGGACGGAUGUCAAAUGUCUUGGUGGCGGAGCGCCCAUCAUCACCAAACCAGAGAGGGUGGUGGGGGUCAUCGGCGCCUCCUCCAGCUCCGUCUCCAUCAUGGUUGCCAACAUACUGCGCCUCUUUAAGAUACCCCAGGUGAGCUACGCCUCCACAGCUCCAGAGCUCAGUGACAACACCCGCUACGACUUUUUCUCCCGCGUGGUGCCUCCGGAUACGUACCAGGCCCAGGCCAUGGUGGACAUAGUUAAGGCCAUGCGCUGGAACUACGUGUCCACUGUGGCAUCAGAGGGGAACUACGGAGAGAGUGGUGUUGAUGCCUUUAUCCAAAAGUCUCGGGAGGACGGUGGUGUAUGCAUCUCACAGUCAGUCAAGAUUCCCAGGGAGCCGAAACAGGGCGAGUUUGACAAGGUCAUCCGGAGACUCAGGGAAAAUCCAAAUGCAAGAGUCGUCAUACUUUUUGCCAACGAAGACGAUAUCAGGCGGCUGCUAAGUGCGGCAAAAAAGGCCAACCAGACUGGUCAUUUUAUAUGGGUGGGUUCGGACAGCUGGGGGUCCAAGAUCUCUCCAGUCGUGCAGCAGGAAGCGAUGGCAGAGGGAGCGGUCACCAUCUUACCCAAGCGCCAGUCCAUCAGAGGGUUUGAUCGUUACUUCAUCAGCCGAACGCUUGAAAACAACAGAAGGAAUAUCUGGUUUGCUGAGUUCUGGGAGAACAACUUCAACUGCAAGCUAAGUCGUCACGCUGUGAAGAAAGGGUCCGGUCUCAAAAAGUGCACAAAUCAGGAGCGAAUAGGAAAGGACUCCCAUUACGAGCAGGAGGGAAAGGUGCAAUUUGUCAUUGAUGCAGUGUAUGCGAUGGCUCAUGCUCUGCACAACAUGCACCAGGAGCUCUGCCCGGGGAAAGUGGGUCUCUGCGCUAAAAUGGAUCCCAUCAAUGGCACCCAUCUGCUCAAGCAUAUUCGCCGGCUAAACUUUGCAGGAAUUGCUGGCAAUCCAGUGCUCUUCAAUGAAAAUGGAGAUGCCCCUGGACGCUACGAGAUCUACCAAUAUCAGAUAAAAAACCGAACAGCUGAAUAUAAAAUCAUCGGCCACUGGACGGACAAGCUUCAUCUGAAUGUGCGUUCGAUGCAAUGGCCAGGCGGUGUUCGUCAGAUCCCUUCCUCAAUCUGCAGUGUUCCUUGUCAGCCAGGCGAGCGCAAAAAAAUUGUGAAGGGCAUCCCUUGCUGCUGGCACUGUGAGCGCUGUGAUGGCUAUCAGUAUCAGGCAGACACCUACACGUGUAAGAUGUGUCGCUUUGAUCUGAGGCCCAAUGAGAAUCACACAGGCUGUGUUCCAAUCCCCAUUGUGAAGCUGGAGUGGAGCUCCCCCUGGGCAGUCAUUCCUGUGCUUAUUGCAGUCAUUGGCAUCAUGGCAACUUUGUUUGUGGUGGUCACAUUCAUCCGCUACAAUGACACUCCAAUUGUGAAAGCAUCAGGCCGGGAGCUGAGCUACGUACUCCUGACUGGGAUCUUUCUCUGUUACGCCACAACGUUCUUGAUGAUUUCCACCCCCGAUGUGGGAAUCUGCUCCCUACGCAGGAUCUUCCUGGGUCUGGGGAUGAGCAUUAGUUAUGCUGCUCUGCUCACCAAAACCAAUCGAAUUUACCGCAUCUUUGAGCAGGGAAGCAUGUCUGUGAGUGCGCCCAGGUUUAUUUCUCCGGCCUCGCAGCUUGCCAUCACGUUCACCCUGGCCUCGGUGCAGUUUCUCGGGGUGUGCAUUUGGUUUGCCGCGGAUCCCUCCAAGGCCAUUAUUGACUACGAGGACCAAAGGACAUCUAACCCAGUACUGGCACGUGGUGUGCUCAAAUGUGACAUCUCAGACUUGUCUCUCAUCUGCCUGUUGGGCUACAGCAUGCUGCUCAUGGUCACCUGUACAGUCUACGCCAUCAAAACCAGAGGGGUUCCUGAGACCUUCAAUGAGGCCAAACCCAUCGGCUUCACCAUGUACACCACCUGCAUUAUUUGGCUGGCGUUCAUCCCAAUCUUCUUCGGCACUUCACAGUCCACAGAAAAGAUGUACAUCCAGACAACCACACUGACCAUCUCCGUCAGCCUGAGCGCUUCAGUGUCCCUCGGGUUGCUCUACAUGCCCAAGGUCUACGUAAUUCUCUUACACCCGGAGCAGAAUGUGCCCAAGCGCACACGCAGUCUCAAGGCUGUGGUCACUGCCACCACCAUGUCCAACAAGUUCAACCCCAAGGCCGGACUCAGACCCAACGGAGAAGCAAAGACCGAGCUGUGUGAAAACCUCGACUCGCAAUCUUUCUCAACAAAGCAAACCUAUAUCAGCUACAGCAACCAUGCACUCUAAGGGACAAAGGUUCUUAUCACAAUUCAGGAUUUCUACCAUAGUGGAAGUGGAAGGAGAAGAAGAAGAAGAAAAAAACAUACAGGGGAAUUUCACACAGCGGGGGGAAAAAAAAAAGAGGAUUUGCCGUUGUGUGGGUGGAGAUCACAGAAACAUCGCCCAAAGACUUGACAAAGUGAGGAGAGACCACAAAAAGGGGCAGAGGUGGACAAAAAAGAAAACAGACAACCCAAACAGAUACCUGUACACUUACAGUUCCAUAUUCUGUGAGGCUCACAAGAAUAUAUAACUACACCCAAAAAGAAAAGGACUAUACUUGGAUGGCAGAGGCCUGGAGACUGAAGGAUAGAGCUUUCCUUUAGAGUGUUUACAUUUCUGCCAUGCCAUCUCUCAAAGACGUUCCUCAUCGUGAGUAGUGCUGCCUGGAACUGAACUCAAACCUAGAAUAUGUAAAGGGAUUCUCAAUGAUAUCUUAAAAUCCUCUCAAGGCAUCACAAGGGAUUAAUCAACAUGAAAAAUGGCAUGAAAACAUGGUUCAUUGAUUUCAAAGAGGGGCUUGUGCUUGUUUUUAUUUCUAAAAUGUAUUCUGGUCUCAUGAGUCAGAUGAUUGGAAAUGAGGAUCAUCUCAACAAUACGGCAGAUCUGUACCAGACUUUAGGUGAUUUUAUUUUCUGUUCAGCCUCCCGCUGGCUUAAGAAGAACAACUACAAGAAUGUGAGAGAGCCUCUACCAAUUUUGAGCAUGCCGGUUUCAACAUCCCGUGUUGUGUUGUUAAAAAACAAGAAAACGAGAAAAAAAAAAACAAAAAAAAACAGAAAAUAAUUAUAUCUUUGGAAUGCAUUUAAAACUCUGUUCCAGCGUUGUUAACAAUUGUUUGGGCCCAAGCCUAUUGUACGUUCAAAUUUGUUCUCAGUUGGUAAAGGUCUAGUGAGUGAUUGUUUAUCUAUCUGUGCUUAAAGUGAGGUCAUGAUUUGUAUUACCAGCUAGCCCAAGGCUGCCACUGCCUUCCCCAGACCCGUACGUGCUUUCAAACAGUGGUUCAUGGCUAAACUGUGUCUUAGCCAGGAUCUCUCACUGUGAGCUGUCAUCCCCGAUGACUCCCACCCCACCCAGCCACCCACCCAUCACUGCCACCGGCUACUCUCCUGGCCACGCGUGCACAGUGUAAGGUUAGACUUAGCUGUACAGAUCCAUUAGCAGGGGAAUUAAGAUGAAGUAUGCCCUUGAGAGGUUCGAGCAGUACCCCCUCGGGGCGAUACUCAUAAUAGGCCAGCGACUGAGCAAAUUCAUUACUGUGCGUGUCCUCCUCGGGCAGAAGAGGGAGCUGUCAGGAAGUUGUAAGGCUUUUUAACAAAUUCUAAUCUAAUUGGGGGAAUAAUACUCUAUCUCUAUCAAUCACCUAUAGUUCACUGAGCAGAUUAAUAUUUAGCUUCCUGCCGUAUAAAAGCCCUCUAAUGUCUUGGAAAAAUGUUGUGGGGUCAUUUGUGUUGUGAAUUCAGUGCCGCUUCUCAUGCCUCCCUCUGUAUUACUUUCAACACCAUUUGUGUUGCAGAAUAAAAUGUGAGUGCUGCCCAAAUUAAAUGGCAAGUUAAUGUAUGUUAUUAAAUAGAUUGAUGAUGUCUGCUUUAUGUCCUGACAUAUUCUAAAAUUGGAGAAAAUUGAGAAAAAAAAAAUCAACAAAAGAAAACAUACAGUGCCUGGCUAUCAGACUAUGUAUUUGUAAAACCUCAUGAAAACUAAUGGUGUGUGAAGCAUGUUUAGGUUUGUUUUUUUGUUUUUUUUUGGUUGUUUUUAUA